AUGCGACACACUUUGGCAUAUGCCGGCACGCACCUUUGCCAGAAUGGACGACUGAUGAGUGAUGCGACACAAUACGGCCUGAAAAUUCAUCAGGCUACUGCUCUACCCCGAGGAAAGAGCGUUAGCUGCAGCAGCAUCAAUCUAGUCAGUGGCGUCCGACGUUUAUCACAUACAGAUGGAGCGGCAUCGACGAAUAGGACAGACGAGGACGCCAAGAGCCAUCAUAAGCCAUUUGAGGACCACAGAAGUACCAAGCUCCAGCCACUUGCGAUGCUUCCACUGAGCAUGAUUAUACGGUCUCUCGCCACGAGCACAUUUUCCUCGUCGGCGAAGCUGCUCUCAAUAUCGCUCUAUGUGCUGCGAACGCUUGCAUAUAGCGAUUCUAGAUUUCUUGACCCAGAUCGCAACACUGGGCUGAGAUUCAUCUUGAACAAGUGUCUUUACGACCAAUUCUGCGCUGGCGAAGACGCAGAUGAGGUGGCUGCUAGCAUUGCCAAUCUCAAGCAUAUUGGAUUCACGGGCGCGAUACUAGCGUAUGCCAAGGAAACUCCCUCCGAACCUGCCGACAAAGAGGGCUCUCCGUUGCUGAAAAGACCAGGAGGCACGAAUAAAAAGGCGGAUAGGGAGAUAUCCAACUGGUUCGAGGGCUCCCUGGAAACCGUGCGCCUUGCCACAGCCGGCGACUUUGUUGCUCUCAAGCUUACGGGCGCGGGAAGUCUUGCAUAUGAGCAGCUCGCGCAGGGCUUGCCUCCAGGACCGUAUCUUACCUACGCCAUCAAUCAAGUAUGCGACUGUGCUCGCGAGCGCGGCGUUCGAGUUCUCAUCGAUGGCGAACAUGACGAGCUGCAGAACAGCAUCGACAGCUGGACUAUGCAGCUCGCCAGGAAGUACAACACCAUCCCCGGCAAGGCUGUCAUCUUUGGUACAUACCAGGCCUACAAAAAGAGCAUGCCCCAGACUCUCGCCUCGCACCUCGCAGAGGCGCUAGACGGUGGAUUUACCCUCGGUGUCAAGCUGGUCCGUGGUGCCUAUCUUCACUCUGACCCCCCCGGGCGUCUCCACGCCAGCAAGCCCGACACCGAUGCCUGCUAUGAUGCCACGGCAGCCAGCGUUCUCACUCGCUCGUGGAACGAGACUCUCCAAGGGAACGGCGACUAUCCCGAGACGAGCAUCAUGUUCGCCACGCACAAUGCGGCUUCGGUGCGAAAAGCCUACGCCAUCUACGCAUCGGGCCGCGCAAAGUCGGAAGUUUUAUUUGCGCAGCUGCAAGGAAUGGCAGAUGAGAUUAGCUGCGAGCUCGUCCAUUUGAACACAUCUGAGUCCCCAGCACAAACGGCCACGCCGGCGGUCGCCUGCCUGCCCGUGUACAAGUACAUGGCCUGGGGUACCAGGGGAGAGUGUAUGAAGUACUUGCUGCGCAGGGCUGAGGAGAAUAGAGACGCCGUUGUCCGGACGAGAGAGGAUCGGAGUGCCAUGUGGACCGAGCUGGUGCGUCGCGCCAAGGGAAUGCUCCUCACAACCUAUAGAUGA